CGCGGCGGCCGGGAGCUGUCCUGGGGCUGCCGAGGGGCUCGGCGACGCUGAGGACCGGCGACUCCGGGCCGCGCGGGAGCCUGAGAGGCGCCCGGACCUCCGCGGAGACGAUGGCGGAGGAAGAAGGACCAACUGUAGAACUGCGCCAGAGAAGAAAGCUGAAGUCUUCAGAAAAUAAGGAAUCUGCCAAAGAAGAGAAAAUUCGUGAUACUCCAAUGCCUGAAAGAGCUCCAAAACAUGUAUUAUUUCAGCGCUUUGCAAAGAUUUUCAUUGGCUGUCUUGCAGCAGUUACUAGUGGUAUGAUGUAUGCUCUGUAUUUAUCAGCAUACCAUGAACGGAAAUUCUGGUUUUCCAACAGGCAGGAACUCGAACGAGAAAUCACAUUUCAAGGUGACAGUGCCAUUUAUUAUUCUUAUUAUAAAGAUAUGUUAAAAGCGCCCUCAUUUGAAAGAGGUGUUUAUGAAUUGACACACAAUAACAAAACUGUAUCUCUGAAGACUAUAAAUGCAGUGCAGCAAAUGUCUCUAUAUCCAGAACUUAUCGCCAGUGUUUUGUAUCAAGCAACUGGUAGCAAUGAGAUUAUUGAGCCAGUAUACUUCUAUAUUGGCAUUGUUUUUGGAUUGCAAGGAAUAUACGUUACUGCUUUAUUUGUUACAAGCUGGCUUAUGAGUGGAACAUGGCUAGCAGGAAUGCUUACUGUUGCAUGGUUCAUUAUUAACAGGGUAGAUACAACAAGAAUUGAAUACUCCAUUCCUUUAAGAGAAAACUGGGCACUGCCAUACUUUGCAUGCCAAAUUGCUGCACUUACAGGCUAUUUAAAAAGCAACCUAAAUACUUACGGAGAGAGGUUUUGCUACUUGUUGAUGAGUGCUUCAACUUACACGUUUAUGAUGAUGUGGGAGUACAGCCACUAUCUCUUAUUUCUUCAAGCAAUAUCUCUGUUCUUGCUAGAUAGUUUUUCACUGGAGCAAAGUGAGAAGGUUCAUGAAGUUUAUAAAAUCUAUAUAUUUUCUCUCUUUCUGGGAUAUUUACUGCAGUUUGAGAAUUCAGCUUUAUUGGUGUCUCCUCUAUUAAGUUUAGUAGUAGCCUUAAUGCUUGCCAAGUGCCUUCAGCUGAAUGUGAAAAAAGGAACUUUUAUAGCCAAAAUAAUGAAAGUGAUUAAUUUUUACUUGGUGUGUACUCUGACAGUGACACUGAAUAUUAUAAUGAAGAUGUUUGUCCCACACAAAGAAAAUGGGCACAUGCUGAAAUUCCUUGAAGUAAAAUUUGGAUUAAAUAUGACUAAGAAUUUUACAAUGAAUUGGCUCCUGUGUCAAGAAUCCCUGCAGGCACCAUCUCAAGAUUUUUUUUUGCGAUUGACACAGUCUUCUUUAUUACCUUUCUAUGUUUUAGUGUUAAUUAUUUGUUUUCUUUCUAUGAUGCAAGUUAUUUUUAGGAGAAUUAAUGGCAAGUCCUUGAAAGAAACUAUUACGCUUGAAGAUGGACGAAUUGGAGGAAGGCCAGAAAUAAUUUAUCAUGUGAUUCACACUAUUUUAUUGGGCUCUCUUGCAAUGGUUAUAGAAGGCUUGAAAUACCUCUGGACUCCUUAUGUAUGCAUGUUAGCAGCAUUUGGUGUAUGUUCUCCUGAACUUUGGAUGACACUUUUCAAGUGGCUUCGAUUACGAACAGUACACCCAGUAUUAUUGGCUCUUAUUCUGAGCAUGGCUGUGCCCACUAUAAUAGGUCUCAGCUUAUGGAAAGAGUUUUUUCCAAGAUUAAUGACAGAACUAAUGGAACUACAAGAAUUUUAUGACCCAGAUACAGUGGAACUUAUGACCUGGAUAAAAAGGCAAGCUCCAGUUGCAGCUGUGUUUGCAGGGAGUCCGCAGUUGAUGGGUGCGAUUAAAUUAUGCACGGGAUGGAUGGUGACCAGCUUACCUCUUUACAACGAUGAUGAUCUUCUCAAGAGAAAUGAAAAUAUCUAUCAAAUCUAUUCAAAGCGAUCUGCUGAAGAUAUUUAUAAAAUACUGACAUCCUACAAGGCUAAUUACCUAAUUGUAGAGGAUGCUAUCUGCAAUGAGGUGGGAACCAUGAGAGGCUGUAGGGUUAAAGAUUUAUUAGACAUUGCAAAUGGCCAUGUGGUUUGCGAAGAAGGUGACAAGUUGACCUAUUCAAAAUAUGGGCGAUUUUGUCAUGAAGUCAAAAUUAACUAUUCUCCAUAUGUGAAUUACUUCACUAGAGUAUACUGGAACAGAUCCUACUUUGUAUAUAAAAUCAACACUGUGAUAUCCUUUCAGUCUUGAAAAUAGCAGAGUCUUCAUUUCAAAGGCAUAUCACUUGAAGUAAAAUGUGAUUUUCUUCUACUUACAUGGUGUCUUUUGGAAAUCAGAGGAUGGACAUUUGAAAUGUUGCUGCUGCUUUUCCCCUCCUGCUGUUAACUGGAUCCAGAGUUCUGCGAGAAUAGAGCAUCAAGCAUUACUGUCCUUUGGUAAAAUGUCAAAUCUGCCACAAUAUUCCAGUCAGGUGUUUUCCUUAUCAUUACAUGGUCUUUGAAUACUUUAUCUUUUCAAUUAUUAUAAAAUUGCCCUCAUAAAUCUUCAUUCUGUCAUAACAUAGGUCUUGAAUUUGAAUAUGUUCAAGGUCAGAGUAUAUUUCUCAGACAUAACAUUUAAUAAAUAUACCAUUUAAUGUCAUAAUUAUAGACUAGAAGGAAAGAACUCUUCUUACCCUUGAGGCAGUUUCUGAAGGUAUUUCAUGGUUUAUAAUAGAAUUGAAAUAUUACAAUAAAAAUUAAUUUAAAUGUUAGCUGAAAAUAUGUGACAUUUAAAUUAAAAUGUGUAAAUUGUGUAAAGGAACAUGAUUUUGAAGGAUAUAUAUAAAGAUAUAUCCAGAUUUUCCAUGAUACUGCUCUCCUCACCUGCUGCCUAUAUAAAUGUGCACUUUCUUAGUAAUAUAGAGGACACAAUAUUGCAUUUUAUUAUUUUAUGACUAUUAAGUGGUUAGCUUUUUUCACUUAUACCCAUAAAUUUAAUACCAAUUUAAUCAUGAUAAAACAGUGUAACUCUUGUUACCUAAAUAUUUUUUGAAACAUUUAAAAGAAUGUUCAGGUUUUUAAAGGGGUACAAUGGGGUAUACAGUCUAUUCACAUAUUUUCUACUGACGUAUUAAAUAAAAAAUUAAGUUUUUAUCAGAAUGAGAAUAUUCUGAUAUUAAUGACUAAAAUGACAACACUAAAACGAACAAUUUCCUGAGAUGGGGCAGAGGCUAUUAAACAUACUUCUGCAUGCAGAUAUGUUUACCAUAAAACACAAAUGCUGUUAUUUAUGC